CACAGAAUGGAGGAAGUCUCGCUUUCUAUGCGUACUGUAGAUAGCGUUGCAUGAAAGAACAACACAGAUGUUUCCAUUAGUAUGAAGCGGGAGCCGGACAGGAGGACUGUGGGGGGCUUUUUUGACCGCGGUAAUCUCGGAGUUCACCUACGAGGGACCAUGUUGUCCAUCUUAGCGGCGGGGUCUGUGUUUUUCCCGGGCCUUUUCCUCUUGUCCAAGCAGUGUCUCAAAUCCAUCCCGGGACUGCGGUGGAAUGAGGGCGAUGCCGUCAUUGUUUCAGCCAGGUUGGUGUCAUCCAUCCAAGCUAUUAUGGCUUCUACGGCUGGUUACAUCAUCUCCACCUCCUGUCAGGACAUCAUUGAGGACCAGCAUUGGCUGACCAGCUCCUACAUCCUGUUCGCUGUGCCGUACUUUGUGUAUGACAUCUACGCCAUGUUCCUGUGCUACUGGUACAAGCUUCAGGUCAAAGGCCACGAGGUGGACAACGGCUCCAAAUCCAAGGCUAUGGCAGUGAGAGGCUACCUGCGGCGAGAGUUCCUCAUGAUCCUGCAUCACGUCGUCAUGGUCACCGUCUGCUUCCCCAUCUCUGUGUUCUGGAGGCAGGGAAAAGGCGAUUACUUCCAGGGUGUCAUGUUCCUGGCUGAACUCAGCACACCGUCCGUCUGUCUGGGCAAAAUCCUCAUCCAG